AUCUUUCUCGGCACUCGUAAAAGCCACGCUAAAACACUCAAACGCUCAGAUCUCUGUUUUCUCUUCGCCCGUUUUGAUUUUCUCUCCUCUCCCGAUUCUGAGUACCGCCAUGGAUGCAGUAAAUUCCCGUAGAGAGAACUUCGAUCGAUUCAUCCCGAAUCGAUCGGCUUCCCUGCUGACCCUGCCCAUGGGGUGGACGGCGGACCCUCCUCCGGUGACUGUGCGUCAACUGGAGUACCGGAUGCAACUUGCCGAGGCCCUUGGCUUGAACCGCGCCCGGCUAUUCGCAUACAGGGACAAUCCCUCCCCGGACCCCGUCCUGUCGUUCGCCAGUUACUAUUGGCUGUCCAAACCCCGCCGCCGUUGCGUCCCUAAGGCUCCUGAGAUGUCGCUGUAUGCUCCGGGGAUGGUAGACGACUACUGCCUUAGCAACCUAUUGGAUUGGGGAAGCAGCAAUGUGCUCUCCAUCGCCCUUGGGAACACCGUAUGCUUGUGGGAUGCCUCUAGUGGCUCCACCUUAGAGCUUGUCACCGUUGAUGACAAGAUCGGCGGCCCUGUUACCAGCGUUUGUUGGGCUCCCGACGGCCGCCGCAUAGCUAUUGGGUUGAACAACUCUGAGGUGCAGCUGUGGGAUGCUACUGCCGCUACGCUGGUAAGAACUUUGACUGGAGUUCAUAGUGGUCGUCGAAUCGGGUCCUUGUGCUGGAACGACGACAACACCCUAACGUCCGGAGGGAAGGACGGCCGCGUAGUUAACAGCGAUGUGAGGGAAACAUCCCACAUCGUUGAGACCCUCAGAGGGCACAGGCGGGAGGUAUGCGCGCUUAAAUGGUCUGCUUCAGGCCGACUACUGGCCAGUGGAGGGGACGAUAACCUCCUCAACAUAUGGGACCGCUCCAUGGCCAGCUCCUCGAGGUCGAAUAAUCCAUCGACCCGAUGGCUCCACAGGCUUAGGAAGCACGCUGCCGCCAUCAAAGCCCUCGCUUGGUGCCCUUUCCGGGGGAACCUGCUGGCCUCUGGUGGAGGUGUUGGAGACCACUCCAUCAAGCUCUGGGACACGUGCACCGGGGCUUGCUUGGACUCAGUCGAUACAGGGUCUGAGGUGUGUGCCCUGCUGUGGAACAAGAACGAGGACGAGCGCUUCGAACUGCUUAGCUCUCAGUCUGACGGAUUUACCAGGAUGAUCCUUUGGGAGUACCCGUCGAUGCUGAAGAUGGCAGAACUGACUGAUCACCAGUGCAGGGUUCUUGCCAUGGCUCAAAGCCCGGACGGUUGCUCCGUAGCAUCAGCAGCACCAGCACCAGACGAAUCUAUUAACAUCUGGAAUGUUUUCGGGGACCCUAAAGAAGCUGCUGCUGCUGCUGCUGCUGCUGCUCGGAAAGCUAACCAAGAGCCUUUUCCUCACUUUAGUCGCAUCCGCUGAAGAAGUUCCUUGAACUCGAAGAGAGCUGCCAGAACUCCACCGCCCACUGCCUCUACUUCUCUUUUCAUAUCUGAUCAUUUUCAUAAGAUAUCUCUGUUGACUAUCCAGAUAUUUAUUUCCUGAUGUGUCUGCUUUCAAUUUUGCUUGCAGGACCACUAAGUAAGAGCUCCAAAAUGGUUGGAAAUGUCCGGGUUGGUGAAUCUUUCCGGUUUUGGAGGCGAGCUCAUCUCAUUCCUUCUGUUUCCUUUUCCCCUGCGAUACUGAUCCUUGUACAUGAUACAAGCCAAUUAUUGUGUCAACCAUGUUUGCUGGAAACUUUAUUGGUGCUGUAAUUUUGUAUGUGCUCAGUGACUACGUUACCAGUUUUACUAGUGUGUUAUAUAUGUAGACUGAUCAUCAUCCGUCUCAUGAAGAAAAAGUCAAGAGAUAAUAUAUGUCACUGAUGUUGGUCCGACCAAAUACUUCGAAAUGGUGUUUAAGGCGGCUAAACAAGCCAGUUGGCUUCCUGCUGAAAGUAAUACAUAUCCCAGGGCAACCCAUGUUGGAUUUGGUCUACUCCUUGGCGAAGAUGGCAAAAGAUUUCGAACCUGAAGCACUGAAGUGGUCAGAUGUGCUUGAUGAAGCCUAGACUCGCAAUAAAGCUGCUCUUGUUGAACGUGAUACGGAUAAGAAGUGGACGGAGGAUGAGCUUGCACAAACUGCUGAGGCUGUUGGUUAUGGUUCUGUUAGAUCUUAAAGAUUCUAGCUUUUAUGGGUAUAUCCUUGGAAAAGCUUGCCUUUAUCUUGCUCCUGCACAGCCAUUUUCAGCAGCCUCAAAGGUCACUGAGUGGCGGUCAGACUCAGAGGACCUGAGGAUCCUUAGUGAUAGGGAGAGGACCCCGAUCCGAACUUUUCUAUCCCAUCACUAGGGAAACUAGACUAUUCCAAGCCUGUUGAGCAUCUAUCUGAGAUUCGGAAGUGGAACUAUGAUGGGUUGAGACAAGCUCUGCGAGACUUAGACUAUAUCCGGGAGACAGGGCAUUUGUAUUACUGACUGUGCUUCAGCCACUUGCAACCAGCAAACAAAUAUUAAGAACUCCGAGAUGGCCGUAUCCUUUUAGUUUGUUAUAUUCUCAAUCACAUGCUCUCAACAUCUCUCCACAGCCAAUUGAACUUUGCUGAAUGCCAGUUAUUGCUAUUUGCCCAAUCGCAAGACUCAUGUAGUUGCAUACUCAGAUUUGACAUAUGAGGCAUCAAACUUAAAUCACCUUGUGAUAUAGAAGUUGCUUAUAUGUAGAUCCUACUACGAUGGAUGGAUGGUCUUAAAAACCUACGAGAUGAAGAGUCACGAUUAGGUGGGCCUCCAUCCUAUAAUGAAAGACAUUAGCUCGUGGCAAGAUAUAGGCUAGGACAGUGAUCAGCGAAUGCUUGGGCAGAGCCUGAAAGGACAAGAGGGCAUGGCUUUGGGAGGAGGCAGUUACCGGCUUAAUGGAUGAGAGAAGUCUUCAGAACUUGGCAUCAUCUGCUUGUGUAGUACUCAAUGUUUUAGCAUUAAUUGUAAUUUUAGUCCGUAAAAUUGUAUUGAUGCUGAGUAUGGCGUUAAAUAAAUUACUUCAUCCCUUGAAUCAUUGAAUCAUAUUGAUAGGAUAUCAUCGAAUAGUGAUUGCGCAACAUUUUAAUGUGUAAUUGAUUGUUCUUUUAUAUAUGGAAUUCUUGAAUUGUGUAA